AUGUUUCGAUACACUUGUAAAAUCUUGUUAAUUAUUUCGGCAGUUGUAGGUAUCUUUGGAUAUCCAGAAACCGAUCCUGAAAUUUGUUUAAAUCACAAAGAUGAAGAAAAAGUUGCCGUUCAAGAUAGCUGCACUCACUAUUACCACUGUGAAGCUGAAAUUGGAUACUUAAUUGACUGCAGUGAUUAUGGAACUUUCAGAUUUGAUGCUCAACUAGGUCAAUGCAAUUUUGCUGAUAAAGUCGCGUGUACAGGCAUAGCUCACCAUAAAACUGCAGCAUUAAAAGUUCCAUUGAGAGACCAGCCAUUAGAAGUUGACAAUAAAGUUUCAAUUCAAGCUCCAGAAUAUGACUCUAAAGUAUGCAGAGGAUAUCAUGAUUCAGUUACCCUUGGAAUCAAAGGAAGUUGUACUCUGUAUUAUGUUUGCAUAGAUAAUGUUGGAUAUUUGGAAGACUGCGCCCUCUAUGGAAGUUCUCAAUAUGAUCCAAGAACUGGUCAAUGUAAUCUUAAACGAAAAGUCAUGUGCGAUGACUCGGAUGAAAUUGUCAAGUCUCCAUUUAAUUAUUAA